CAAACUUAAACUGACCAUAUCAUACAAAAAUACUCUCAAAUUAAGGUAAAAAAAAAUGGAGCAGCCCAUCAAUCUUUUUCUUGUUACAUGUCUUUUCUUCUUCUUCUUCAAUCAACCAAGAUUAUCAACUGCCAUUGAUAGCCAAAGUAUAAAGAUUAAUGUUAUGUCUUUGGGAGCCAAACCAGAUGGAAAAACCGAUUCGACAGCGGCGCUUGUGAGAGCAUGGGAUGCAGCUUGCGACUCUCCUAAACCGGCCACCAUUUUUGUACCAAAGGGGAGGUUUUUGGUGAAGCAAAAAGCUCAAUUUUCGGGUCCAUGCAAGACUGGAGCAAUAAUAAUUAGGAUUGACGGCUCAAUUAUUGCUCCUUCAGAUUACAAUGUUCUUGGUGAUGCUGAAUUUUGGCUUCAAUUUAAAAAUGUGGAUGGAGUUUCAAUUCUUGGUGGAGUUCUUGAUGGCCAAGGGGCCGGUCUCUGGGCUUGUAAAUCCUCCGGCAAGAACUGCCCAACCGGUGUCACGACUCUAGGAUUUUCGAAGUCAAACAACAUUGCCAUUUCCGGCCUAAUUUCCCUCAACAGCCAACUGUAUCACAUUGUGUUCAAUGGUUGCAACAAUGUCAAGUUACAAUCAGUAAAGACUCUGGCUGCCGGAGACAGUCCCAACACCGACGGAAUCCACGUCCAAAUCUCGUCCGACGUCAAAAUCUUGAAAUCGAAACUCAGUACCGGCGACGAUUGUGUUUCCAUUGGCCCCGGAACAACCAAUUUGUUGAUUCAGGACGUCAUUUGUGGUCCUGGCCAUGGCAUAAGCAUUGGGAGUCUUGGAAAGGAUUUUGAAGAAGAAGGGGUGCAAAAUGUGACAGUAAAAAGUGUGACAUUUGUAAAUACUCAGAACGGCGUGAGGAUUAAAUCAUGGGGAAGACCAAGUAAAGGGUUUGUGAAGCAUGUUAUGUUCCAACAGGCCACUAUGAUCAAUGUCCAAAACCCUAUUGUGAUUGACCAAAAUUACUGCCCAGAUAAUAUCAAUUGUCCUGGACAGGUUUCGGGCGUAAAAAUAAACGACGUGACGUACCAAGAUAUUCAUGGAACAUCGGCAACACGAGUCGCGGUGAAAUUCGAUUGCAGCAAGAAGAAUCCGUGCAAAGGGAUAACACUUAAAGAUGUGAAACUCAAAUACAAAAAUCAACCUGCAAAAGCAUUGUGUAUCAACGCUGAUGGAACUACGUUGGGUUUGACUGAGCCCUCCGGUUGUUUAUAGCUAAGGCAUCCACAUAGGGUUUUAAAACAAGAUAAUCACAUGCCUUCUCUAUUCCAGAAAAACAGUACAAUUUUAGAUUUGAGAUUUGUAUUACACUAGUUGAUAGGGCUUGCCUAAUUCAAAGUAGGGCAGCUGGGCAGGUUUGCUUAAGUCGGAGGCGUUGGAUUUUAUUGAUUCCGCCUGGCUGAGCAUGCAUAUUAUUUUCAGAGUAUUGAUUGGUUCCAUGUUGAUAUCAUUGUUCUUAAAAGAAUUUUAUAUCAUUUUAUUGUUUGUGUUUCAAGUCGCAAAU